AAAUGGGAAAAACCAGUAGUGCUUUUUUGCCGGUGGGCUCGUGGGUUACAUUGUUGCUGUCAUUAACAGUGAUUACCAUGAUUAUUGCACUGUUUAUAAGAAGAGCCAAGUUUUUGCAUUCUUUCAGAAAUGUGCCAUCUCCAUCGGCUUUGCCAAUUAUUGGAAACGCGUAUCAGCUUAAUUGCGGUCUUGAAGAUUUCUUUAAGAAACUGGUGGAAUGGAGUAAAGAGUUCGGGGACAUCUAUAUGUUGUGGCUUGGCCCAAGACCCAUGGUCUUUCUGUACCGGGUUGAAGGGGUCCAGACACUCCUCAGUAGCAGUAUACACAUUGAUAAGAGCCUGGAGUACUUGUACAUGAAACCAUGGCUGGGUAAAGGACUCGUUACCAAUGGCGGUGAAUCUUGGCACUUCAGGAGAAAACUAGUCACCCCCACAUUUCACAGUGGACUUUUACUGGAUUAUUUGAAGAGUACGAUUAGAGAGUCCAAUAUUAUGGUCGCCUGUCUUGCCAACGAACUUGAUAACGAUGGAUUUGACAUCGUCCCUUACGCCAAACGUGCGGCGUUGGAUUUAAUUUGUGAAACAACGAUGGGCUACCACAUGAACGCUCAAACGAAACUGAACAACGAUUACGUUCAUGCUGUGGAAAAAAUGACAGCAAUAACGCAAAUGCGUUUCACAAACAUCUGGAUCUCCAUCGACGCUAUAUUCAACCUGACAAAUUUAGGAAAAGAGCACGAACGAUCGCUCAAAGUAAUCCACAAUUUUGUGGACAAAAUAAUAACGGAGAGGAAGAAACAAUGGAAAAUAGCGCGCGAUGGAAAUUUCAAUGAGGCAAACAAGAAACGCCCUGCAUUCCUGGACCUUUUGCUGGAGGUCUCGCAGGAUGGGGCUGUUCUCAAUGACACAGACAUCCGAGACGAAGUCAAUACUUUCAUGUUUGCAGGACAUGACACCGUCGCCACGAGCCUCUCCUGGUUUUUUUACGCUCUGGGACUUCAUCCUGAGUAUCAGAUUAGAAUUUUGGAAGAAUACGAUCAACUAGUCGGUAGUGAGGAAAUAACCCUAGAAGCGCUGAAUAAAUUAUCAUGGCUUGAUGCCUGUGUCAAAGAAGUCUGGAGGAUGUACCCCGUGGUGCCCCUGCUCGCCCGACAGAUUUACCAACCGAUAAAAAUAAUGGAUCACGACAUUCCCGUUGGCUCUACAAUCCUGAUAAAUACGUUUCUUCUACAUCGAGAUCCUCGUCACUUCCCUGAGCCUGAGGUUUUCAAACCAGAGAGAUUCCUUCCGGAAAACCCGAAGCCUCCAACAUUUGCCUACAUUCCUUUCAGCGCUGGUUCGCGCAACUGCAUAGGAUGGAAGUUCGCCACUAUGGAGGUCAAGGUCGCUAUUUUGUCUGUUCUCAAAGCAUAUCACAUCCAGUCCUUAGAGACCCCCGAUCAAUUGAGAAUGAGUUCUUCUAUUGUGUUGACCAACGCCAAUGGACUGCGGCUCAAGAUCUCACGCAGAAAGUAAUUUGUGGAUUAUUCAGGAUGUUCUCCUUCUUUCGAGUAAUUUUCAACAGGAUUCAUGCUCCGAACAAUCUUAGAAAAGAUGGCAAAAUUGGACAUGUAAAAGGUUUACUUGGAGUUUAAAGGAAUUCAAAGUUGUCACAACCUGAGUGGAAGUAAUGUCAAGCGAGCCUGAGGCUUGAUCAGAACUUGAAAUGCCAGAGGAUCCAAGGAGUUGCUAGUGAAUUCGAGCGAAUGCGAGAUUAGGUCAUUUUCCAGCGAAAUCCGGAGGAAUUGAACAAAUUUGAAAAACCUUCCAGACACUUUCCAGAUAAUUCGAGGGAAUUCGAAAUGUUUUUACACAAUUUAAGCAAAUGCGAGCGGCUCGUAGAGCAUUGAAGACAGAAAGGAUGAUAAUGGGCAGGACGAUAGAAUCUUUUUUUGAAGCUUAUGGAUUUCCGAGGAGAUUACACUUCAUGACGAAAAGUCUUCGUUUUUUAAAUCCCACCAUAAUGAACUAGGGAAAUCUGUUGAGUAAAAUUAAUGUGGAAGGGUCCAGGAUAUGUUAGAAAUAUUUCGACAACUAGAGAAUUUAUUAAAAGAUGUCAAAAGUUGUAUAUAUAGCUUGUUAAAUUCUAAUCGAAAAAUGUUUUGCAAGAAUCGUCUGAAUAUUUUAUUUUGGGAGAUAUUAUCAAAGGAAAAUUAAUAUUCAGCUCCAAUAGCAGGAGUAAAAUUUUUGGUCUCAUGAUUUUCGUAAAAUUUCUUAAUCAAUCGCUCAUCUACUCUCUUCGAUUUCCCACUAAUUUCCUCAAGUAAUUACUAACAAAGAUUAAGUAAUAAUGUAUAUUAGAAUAAGCCUCGACAUUACGAAUUUAUAAAACUAGUGAUGUAAUUUUAAUCAUUAUUCCAUUAUGCAGACUAGAUGGCGAAUUUUUGAAUCCACAAAACCAUUGAAGAAUCGGAAAUCGUGAUGAAGAGAUACAUGACAUUUCAGACUAAUUGAUACAUUGUAGAUUAUCUACAAAGACGACUGAAUUAAUCAUUCUCGAAUGACACUUUACAGAAUUAGGAAAAAAUAAUAACGAUAAAAAUUGUGAUAUGCUUAAUAAAUACGUUCAAUAUUUCUUUAAUCUA